AACUUAUCGUUCACACCAGCCUCAAAUCCUGAGCCAAACAACGCGAAACAGCAAUAAAACAACUGUAUAGUAUCCCUCAUUAGUGUAAAGGAGACGGGAGAUCUCUGAAUAUAGCCGGGCUUAAUUUCUUGGCGUGCAGCGACGGACUAAUUAGUGUGUUAGACACAACAUUAGAGCGGCAGAGAAAUAUAGAAAGUCAAGAGUGCAACUGAGACGGCGAGAGCCGGUGGCAUACGUCCAAGAUGAAUUUGAUGUUCCGGAAGAACUUCAGCGGAGAGAAGAGCAUGGGCACUAGCGGGGGUGGAGGGAAGGCGAGGGGGGCGCUGGGUGCAGGGAGGAAUGCCAAGCGGCGCGAUCGCGAGCGGUACUCCUUCAUGGAGGAAAACCACUACAAGACGCUGAAGACCCAUCUGUUCCUCUCGGCGGCGCCCCGCUCCAGCGCGCAGUACAACGACGGCUCAGAACGAUGCGGCCCCGUUCUCGGCGGAGGGACCGGCCCCGAGCCAGAGCCGCCGCAGCCGCUGGUCACGCGGGAGCCGUCGGUGUCGCUCAUGCGCUGGGACCGGCCCGCCACCGCCGCGACCUCCGACCGCCGACGCACCGAGCCCGUCUCGCUAGCGACGCUCGAACGCGACUGCUUCGUGAUACCAGCGCACGCGCUCGAACGCUUCCUGCCUGAUGGCGUACCGCUCCCAGUGCCACCCCCAACUCCCGAAAAAGGAGGACUAACGAAGACUGUUCCAAGUUCCCUCAGCAUACUGGAGAUAGCUGACCCCAAGCUUUGUAUAUUGGCUCACCUGAUGAGCCCUUUAGAGCCCAUAGAGCCCAUACUGGAGUCUCCUCUGGCCAAGCCUCUGAUACGGCAAAAGACGGCCGCAGGAGAGCUCCUGAGUGACGUGGCUCAGGCGAACACAGCGGUGGGCGGGAUGCUUCUAGCAAACAUGGAAAAGAACGCGGAGUUUCCAUUCAUAUCUUACUAUGUGAUAAAUACGACACAAACGGAUCCUUUGCUUUUCUACAACAACAUGAGGAGUGCGUCUUUGAACAAGUUUGACCCGAAGACGAUCAGGUACUCGGCUGCGCACACGCUGGAUCUCUAUAGCGAGGUGGCGAUGAUAUGCCGGCCGCCUUUCAACGACCUCGCCGGGGGACCCAAGAAGUCGCAUACCCCUACUACAGGCUUCAUUAUUAGCGUUUAUAAGGUCUUCGAAGGCGACGACGGCGAGCGUUUCGAGAGGAACUGGCUGUACUGGACCGGCGCUCGAAUGCUGUACCGGCACCUACCCCACUCUGUGGGCAUGAGGAAGAUAGCUUUGCACAAAUCCGUAGCCUCUCAUGGCGACAAAAUGUACUUGUUGGUGUGUGAGUGCGCCAACUUGUUGGACGACUUGUCAGGCGCCUCCAUGUUGGUGACGGCUCUCCGCGCGCGGUUGUGUGGGUAUACCGGGCUAUACCGGCCUAUACAGACGUUCUAGUAGAAGGAUGGCCUGAAGGCCAGUAGGUAUGUCCGAGGGCACUUGAGGAUUAAGUUUUGCGCGUUUUAAUUGUACCGUCAUUUUUAAUGCCAACCAGUGCUAUACUUAAUUUUAGACUUUUGCGUUGCACAAUUUAAUUAAAUUAAACAGGUUUUAACGCGAUACGCGGAUAGGUAAUAUUGAAAUAUUACCUAUAUUUGCCUGACGUUUCGACCGCGUUGCACGGGCCGCGGUCACAGGCUGACUGGAGCGUCGAGUGCGCGAUCCGUAUGGUGGGUAGAAUCAUCUAAUUCUACCCCCAUAAUAUUUCCCAAGUUAAAACAUUCGUCACAAUGUGAUGUAUAGAGAUAAGUGUUUUACUUUUAAGACUGUUAUCGUUUUCAGGAUGAAAGUUAAUAAAAAUAAUAUUUUUUAUCUAAGCAGAAAUUGGGCAUCAUGUCCGAAAACUAAAAAAUGUACUAAACGUCUUUUUUGUUGUGGUACUCACUUUAAAAGCAAUUUUCAGCAGAAGUCGUUAAUUUACAAUAAUUUAUUAUGCUUUGAUGAAAUAAACUUACGUGCCUAACAAUUUUCAAAUCCUAAGCGAUAAAAUUAGUAGUCACUGAAAAAAGUUUUAACCAUGUUUCAUUUAACUA